AUGCCCUCCGGGAUGUUCAGCAUCGACAGCAUCCUUUCUGGACCGGUUCUGUCCGGACGGUCGAACUGCAAGGAGCCAUUGCUGCUGCACCGAACCGGGCCGCUGGUUCUGCCCGGACUCACGGACUCCAUGUACGCGGACUACAGCGGACUGUCCCCCCCAGGGGUCCACUCUGUGGGCGGAACCAGGUUCGGAUACACGGGCUGUUACUACGGUCAGCUGCAGGUCCAGGGGCCCGGAGCCGGGCCGCCGUGCUGCGGGGCGGUACCGGGUCUGAGCCCGCAACAGUGCCCCUGCUUCCCCGCAGGCUACGACAGUCCGGGCUCGGUUCUGAUCUCGCCGGUCCCGCACCACAUGAUGUCCUACAUGAACGUGGGCAGCCUCUCGCGCACGGAGCUGCAGCUGCUCAACCAGCUGCACUGCAGGAGGAAGAGGAGGCACCGGACCAUCUUCACCGACGAGCAGCUCGAGGCUCUGGAGGGUCUCUUCCAGGAGACCAAGUACCCGGAUGUUGGCACGAGGGAGCAGCUGGCCCGGAAGGUCCACCUGAGGGAGGAGAAGGUCGAGGUCUGGUUCAAGAACCGGCGGGCCAAGUGGAGGAGACAGAAGCGCUCCUCCUCCGAGGAGUCGGAGAACACUCAGAACCGGGUCAAACCCAAACCGGACAAACUGGACGGAACCAGGAGCGACGUGGACUCGGACAGCUGAUACAGCGACGGACGUGGUCACAUGACGUGAUGUUGCACACCUGUACAUACCUGCAGUUCCAUUAUUGACUUUUAAUUUAUAUU